AUGUCCGAAAGUGAGGCUGGAUACGCGGCGUCCGAUGUGGAGAUUGAAGAAGUCGAUGUGUACGAGAUGGACGAAGAUGUCCUGAAGGAGUUUAUCGAAGUGCACGAUCUGCCGCGUACGGUGGCUGCUUUGCCACCUCCGAAGGCGGGUCCAUCAACCGCGGCAGCCGGAACGGGCUCUUCGGCCCAGUCGGAGUCGGAAACGGACGAAGAAAAUACAGAGCAACGGGAAACGCUUAUCAAGAAGUUGGUUGCGCGAGAAAUUUCCUACACCGAGUACCAGGAACGAAUGCAACAGGACGAUGACUUGGACGACGAGGAUGUCGAAAUGGAUCGAAGCCGUCACCGCAAGUCGUUCGGGUUCGAGGCUGACUUCAGAACAGCACGAAGAGACGCUUUGAAAGGUAAUCUUCAGGGCCCGACGCAUCCAGCUUCCGAAGGCAAAAACCCACGGCGGCGGCAGAGACGCCUCCUGCCGCCAGCUCUUCAGGGUCUGAUGGGCGAGGCCAAUCUCUGCUACGCCCGCGGCGAUACAAAGACGGCAAAGGAUCUGUGCCUGGAGAUCAUCCGUCAGGUUCCGUUGGCAUACGAACCAUUCAUUACGCUGGCCCAGAUCUAUGAGGCCGACGAUCCGGAACAGUACCUAGAGUGUUCGCUGAUCGCUGCCCACCUGAAUCCCUCCGACAUCGAACACUGGGUACGCGUGGCGGAGAUAUCGAUCGAACGGGGCAAUAUUGAGCAAGCGCAAAAGUGCUACACGCGUGCGAUUAAAGCGGAUCCCAAAAACAUCGAUGUUCGCCUGAAACGGGCGCAACUGGUCGAAAGCAAGGGCGACGAGAAGCAGGCGUGCAAGUACUACUAUGAUCUACUGCCGCACGUCCCAAAAGAACAGGGAGACUUUCUCAUCUCAAGCGAAGACAUCAACCUGCUGCUGGAACUGUUAAUUGCCAAUGGACUUUACCAACGAGCAUUGGACGUUCUAGCGGCACACGCGAAUGUUGCAGUCAACGAUUCAUUCUCCUCAACGGCCACAGAAGCUGACGCCGGACAACGGACAACAGUUUCUGUUUCGAUACCGGACGAAAUGAUACUGGACCUUCGCACGAAGCUGGUCAUGGUGCUGGUGCACCUGAAAUGCGAACAUCUGUUCAACUACAUCAUCGACGACAUCAUGGGACACAUCGAUCCUGAAAGCGGUGGGGACUGCUAUCUGGACGUUGCGGAGGCGCUCAUGAAGGAAGAGUAUUACCGGUAUGCGCUGCGGCUGCUGGUGCCGUUGAUUAAAAGCAAUCGCUUUUCCAUGGCCGCCGUUUGGCUGCGUUACGCCGACUGUUCGCGAUUCGUCGAACAAUACGAUGAAGCCAUCGAGGGUUACCGGCGGGUCGUUUCACUGGCGCGGCAUCUGGAUGCACGAUUGGCGCUGGCAGCGCUGCUGAAGAAACAGGGCAAGUACACUGAUGCGCUGAAAGCUCUGGAGCAGGAUCCGGAACGCGAAUACCUCGAUCCGGAGGUACUGCACGAGCGCUGCCUGAUGAUCGAAGAGAUCGGCUACUAUAAGGAGUUUCUCGAGGCGGGCUUCAUGCUUCUCGCACGCAAUUGCUAUCAGCUGAAAAACCGUCACGAGAUGGAGCAAGUUGGUUUAUCAGGCACAAGUUUCUAG